UUAUAUGCCACGUAAGUUAAAUAAGUAGAGUGAUAAAAUUCCAUAUUGUUCAUGUGACAAAUCACGGUCUCCCCAUUUCAGAAACCCCAAACUCCUAAGACAAACCCAUCACUACUCCUCACCAAGUCCAACUACAAAAUCCUUAUCAAUUCUUGGGUCUCCUUGAGUUUUGUCUACCCAUUAUUCAACCUUUUUUGGUUUUUUCAGGUUUACUGUCUGUUCAAGAAAAAACAAACCGAGUGGGGGACAUCAUGUUUGGGACUGCAGUAAGGUAUUUUGCCACAAAACCAAAGCCAAAAAUGAAACCCAUCGAGCUCAAAACCCCACCUGAGCAGACCCAGACAAUCACAAGAGUCAUCUUCGACAUUGUUAAGGAGCAUGGCCCACUCACUAUUGCCCAAACUUGGGAUCACGUUAAGGAAGUUGGGCUUAGAGGACUGACGAGUAAGAGACAUAUGAAGAUAGUAUUGAGAUGGAUGAGAGAAAGACAGAAGCUCAGACAAAUAUGCAACCAUGUUGGACCUCACAAGCAGUUUCUUUAUACAACUUGGUUCACUAAACACAACACCACCACCACCACCAACCACAACAAAACAGUAAAUGAUCCUCCAAAACCCAAGUCUCUUUGAAACUUAUCUACUAUUUUUGAAACAAUAAAGACUCUUGUUAGUUGUUACACACAUUAUAUGUUUAAACUUGUUGUUGAGUGUUUGAAUUUUGAAUGUAAAUUUGGUGUUUGGUGUUC